AAUUGGUAGAAAUUAAGUUUUAAAAACAAAAUCCAAAGUCACGAUGAACUUUGCCACGCUUCAGUUGAUGUUUUUUAUUUACUUCACGAUUCGCUGAGCAGAUAAAAUCCUCAAAAUUGGUUCAACUGGAGUCCAAAAAAAAAAUGACAUCAAAUCAGUUUGAGUUGCGAGUUGAAAGAUGAAAAAGCUGCGAGUGCUACGCAGUUCGAAUAUUUUGCUGCUACUCUGUGGCUAUCAACUUCAUUGGUUCGAUGCUCGAUCACAAAACUAUCGCAUCUCUCUGGCUGGAGCUCUCAAUGUGUUCAUCCUUGGAUGCUUCUAUGCAGGAUGCUUUGCUCAGCACUUUCAGCCAUCGGCGAUGCUGAAGACGCUGUUGGAUGUGUCGCCUUUUCUGCAUCGCUUAACUCGUUUGCAGCUGCUGCUGAGUGUCAAGGUCUUUGGCUAUGCCAUCUACGCCUCUGUGCGUGCGGUGGGCGUGGCCAAUGCGCUGACCGAAACGCUGCCCAUGAAGACGAGCUUGAGCAGCAGUAAAAAGUGCUUUUUGGAGGAGCUGAUUGCGCAUGCUUUGCUGUAUUCAACUCACCUUGUGCUCUUCGGCUUUGGUCUCUACAUUGGCUACGAGAUGGAGUUCAAGUUGCCGCCACUGCAAGAUGCCAUGAUUGGAUUUGCGCUCUUUCUGCCACAUCUUGUGAUAGCUGGCGCUUUAAGAUUCUACUGCACACUCGCUUGGUUAACGCGGAGUCGCCUCACACAGAUCGAUUCGGAGGUUCAGGAGCUGCUCAAGCAACGCACCGAACUGGAGGCCAUCACAAAUGUGAGUGUCACAAUUGAAGCGCCUUCUUCUGCUCCUCCAGCGUCUUCGUUUAUGCUGGACAACCUGAUGAAUCUCUACCAGCAACUGCAACAGCUGGCAACACAAUUUGGCCGCAUCUUCAGCUGCCUGCAGCAUUCGUUGCUGCUGUUGUUCAUCAUCAAUGCGAAUUGUCUGCUCUUUGGCAUCUAUUCAUACACCUACUACAGUAGUACCUGGCAUGUGUUGUUCGCCACACGCAAACAGCGCAUCUUCUAUGCGGGCAACGCUUGCAUCUAUGCGUGUAUCGCUUGUGAUUACUUUUGCCUGCUCUUCACACAAACUUGUCUCGAGCAACAGCGCCAAGGUUUUCUCUGCUCCCUCAACACUGUGCUGCAACAAAGGAACUCAUUCACAAAGCGCAUACGCAACGUUGUCAAGGACAUGCGCUCCACUUUGUGGCACAAUUUUCACUUUAAGUUCCUCUCCCUCUGGCGCUUUGAUCUGCCCAACUUUUCACUGUUUCAAGUUUUGCAAUUGCUGAUCAUCGCCUUGAUUGUGAUUUAUCAUUAUCUGAACGAUGCCAUUCAAUUGAUUAACGACAACUUGGACAGCAGCAGCGACAACGAUGAUUAAGAGUGAUAUAACUAUUACAUCGGUUAUGCAUAAUUUCCAUUAUUGUUAAUUUGAGGAGUUGCAAACUUAAUCUAUUUAUUUAUGAGAUGACCAGGCAAAACACUUACAAAGAGAAUGGACCACAAAUCACAAUUAAAUUGCUAAUAAAAUUGUUCCCAAAUCAAAGUUUCAGUUUGUCUUCUUAGAGAUGUAACUAUCGAGUAAAGGAAAAGCUUAAAAUUGAAAUGAUGAAAUGU